AUGGAUCUUACACAGACAAACAAGACAUCCAAGAGAAGGAAAUUCGGGACAGAAGCCACCAAUGACUCAUCACUAUCGUUAACAGGUAAGACUCCGAUUGGGCAACCGCUGUCAGUUAGACCUGUUUCGGCGAUUACUGCCACCACAACGGCUAAUGUGACACAUCGACAUGGCUUGAGUCAAAUAAUCCCCAGCCUGUCAGCUAGCGUAUUAAUGAAUUCAUCAUCAUCAGCAUCAGCGUCGCCGUCACCAAGUCCAUUUAACAACGUGACCAAGAAAGAUAUCAAAGCUAACGAGUUUCGUAUAAGGAAAUCAAACAAGAUUGUUGGUACUGUUGCCAUUGGGGAUAAGAAUCAAGUUCAACAUGAAAUAAACUCAGAUGAAUUGAACUUCUUGUAUAAACUAUAUGUUCCGAAUAAGUAUCUUAUCAAGAAUAAUAAGAAAUCUUUGCAACAUCUAUUAAACCAUCUUCCUGCAGUAGUCCCCAUUCCACCUAAGAAGGAUAUUGGUGCAAGGAAAGACCCAGGGAAUGAUCUUAACCUUCAAAUUCAUUUAUUUUUAAGUACGAUCAUGAUCAAGUAUGUGAAUUCAUGGUAUUUGGGGAAACUAAAUACUGAUAAUUUUGAGUUUGUACUGUUGGUGUAUCAAUUAAUGUGCGAUUUUGUAAAAGAUUUGGCUGAGAGAGUUAAUAAGAUUGUGGCAGAAGACUUCAACAGUCUAAUAUUAUUAGAUGAUUUAGCUUCAAUAUUGAAUGAACAUGUGAUUGAAUUAAAAUGUGACGAGAGAUGUGAAUAUCCUUAUAAAUUCCUCCAAGACUAUUAUUCUCAAAGCAAUAUAACCAAUUGUUUAGCAUUUGAUCCAUCCAAACCGCACGAAGAUGUAAUCAAAGAGUACAUACAAUCCAAGCAUAUAAUCUUCGGAGAUAUGAAUUGCGAUAGUGACGAUACUUCAACAUCAGACGACAAGGGCAUGGAACCUUCACGACAGUAUUUCAGGGUUCUUUUCGGUAAAAUCCUCCAAGAAACCUUUUCGUCCGAAAGAUAUUCCCAAGAUCCUGUUUCGUCUUCUAAAAUUGCAACAGAACUUGUUACCCUCAUUAUGAGUGAUAUUGUUCUUAUAAAAGUUUUCGAGAAGCUUUCCUCACCCGAAUUCAUUCUUCAAAAGUUCAUAAAUGAAUUGCUAUUUUCAAACUUAGACAGAUCAAUCAAGGAAAGAAAGUCAGGGGUAAAAGAAAAGGUGUCGUUAAUAAAUAGAGCUAAAUCAAUUUUGUAUGGGACUUAUCAAAGAGUAAGUGAUCUCAUUAUAAAUAUUUCAAAUGGUGGAAGGACGUUAAUGCAAGAUACUUCAAGUGAGGAGAAGUUGACUCUGUUUGAUGUAUUUGAUAACUCGAUCAUAGAUGUGUUUAACACAAUUACCAAAUUCGCAUCCAGAAAGCCAUUAUUCUCUAGCAUGCUUACGGGAAUUCGAACUUUAGUACUGCUGCAUGAGAAGUUUCACACUCAAAUUAACAAUUUAUCUUCGAGAUACUUAUCAAGUAAGAUAAUUAGUAUAUUAUCAGAAGAAAGGAUUUGCAAAGUGAUUGGAGAUUUGAGAAUGGAUGUAUUUUAUUCCAAUGACAACAAAAAUGAAACCGAAGCCGAGAAGGAACAUCCCUCCAUUGACGAAAUAGCUGAUAACAUCUCCAUACCUAUUGGUUUGGCCCUUUCUACAAGGCUACCGGGAUAUUUAGCGCUGCUUUCGUUGAAAUACCAAGACGAAACCGAAAACCAACAACGAGAAUCGAUUAAGCGAUUUUUAAGCAUAUUUGCCUCGGAGAAUGUCAAGGAACCAAUGCAAGCUCCAAGCAGAUUAAACAAAUUAUUAAUAAUCAAAUUACUUGACUGCAUCAUUGCCCAUAAACCCCCCUUUUAUUUCCUCUUUAAUGAACAACCAGUAAUGCUCCCUAUUAGAUCCUCAUUAGUAAAAGCAUCCUGUCAAGCAUCGCAGCAAUUGAUUCCAAAGCGUCAAUUCUUGGGAACUGCUGCUAGUGCAAUUCUCGGAUCCUUCCUAUUUUCAAAAAAUAAUGAGUUGGCAUCCAAGAUGGAAAAUGGUGAAUUACAUUAUGAAGAUCCAAAUGCUAAGUUCAACAAAGGAGUAGAACCCAAACCGUUAUUCACAAGACGUGAGCCUGAAUAUCCUGGACAUGUUCCCUUGUACAAUUAUGAAAAAUUAUUGAUGUUUUUAGGAUCCUCGAUUGGAUCCUAUUAUCAUCCGGAAAGAAAUGAAUUCAUAGUUGCUUUAGGUGAAUCCACUGCUAUAACACCCGUGUUGAGAAGUAUACAAACUCAAAUGUUGAGUGAUCCUGUGGGAAGGCAAAUUUUACGCGAGAAACCAAGAAUGACAUCCACAUCAUUGGAUUUAGAUCAUUUACGUUCAUUGCCUGAAAACAGUAUUGGUAGAACAUAUGUCGAAUGGUUGGAUCGUGAAGGAGUGAGUCCAGAUACCAGGGUCCCUGUAAGAUAUAUUGAUAAUGAAGAAUUGGCUUAUAUUUAUCAAAGAUAUCGGGAAUGUCAUGAUUUCUAUCAUGCGGUGACUGGUUUGCCUAUUAUUAUUGAAGGUGAAAUCGCAGUGAAAGUGUUUGAGUUUAUGAACAUUGGUAUGCCAAUGAGUGGGAUGGGAGCGUUGUUUGCUCCUUUGAGAUUGAAACCUAAUCAAAAGCAAAGAUUGUAUAGUGUUUACUAUCCAUGGGCCUUCAAAUCUGGUCUUAAUUCAAAGCCAUUAAUGAAUGUUUACUGGGAGAAUAUUUUGGAUCGUGAUGUCGAUGAAUUUAGAAAAGAGAUGGGAAUUGAACAACCUCCGGAUUUAAGACAAAUGAGAAAGGAAUAUCGUGAAAAAUUGAAAGCUAAAAAGGCUGGAAAAUAA